GUCCUCCAGUUUUGCCGGAGUGCAUUUCCAUCAGCUCGAGUCUGUCCAUUGCAGUCCCUCUCUCUCUCUUGCUCUCUUUUAUCCAUCUGUCUGAGCCUGUGAUCAGGUCCGUCUGUCUUUUUUUUGUUGUUUUCCUCCGUUUUCUUCUUUCCUUUUCAGUCCAACAUGUUCCAUAACCCGUGGAUUACGAACUAUCUUAACCAUGUCACGCAGUGUAGUCAAGGCUUUGUCAGUGAAGCUUCUGCUAAAAUCUACAGCCCUGCACUGCUAAAGAAAAGAGCAGUAAGCUUUGGCGUGGAUGACCGGAAUUCACUGGUUCGGAGUACUACAGAUAUUGAUGAAAACAUCCUUGCUGUGCUUCCCAAAGUUUCAGAGCUAAGGAAGCAGUUUGAAACCAGUAUCAGAAGUGGUCCAGAAAUGAACAGGAAAGAGAGAAUAGCACGAAGGUUGGAGGGAAUUGAGACGGAUGUUCCAGCUGCUCUUAAUACAAGCAUGCAACACACGGCCGGCCUGGUGACCAAUCGGCUACUGGAGGAGGAUACACCACGCUACACACGGGCCUCAGAUCCCAGCGAUCAAGGCAUUGUGGUGCGGCGCUACAGUCGUGAAGAGAUAGAAGCUCCAGAGCGGCAAUCCAGAGCUCGGACGCGUCCAGAUCCACAGCCGUCCACCCAUCCUGUCCCAGCCAACCCUACCCCACCGGGGUCUGAUGCAACAGGGUCUAAAGCUGAGCGUAUCGCACGCUACAAAGCUGAACGGCGGCGACAGUUAUCAGAGCGUUAUGGAAUCCUUCUUGAUCAAGAGGUGGAUCUGGAUUACGCACCACGUUAUACACGUGCACGGAGAGAGUCUGACCUGUCAGAGAGAGGGGCUCCACCUGACAGGGGGCGUGGGGAGAGUCGGACAAGGGGCGGGGCAUUGCAAGAUCAAGAAGAGGGGCGGGACCGAAGCAGCAGCAGGUCUAAAUACAGCAGUUCUGGAAUGGGCCGGGUCUUCAUGUCAUCUGACCCCACCCCCAAUCAAGCUCCGCCUCCAUCAGGCAUUGAUGCUGAGCGAGAGAGAGAGAGGGCAAUGAACUUGGAAAACUAUAGACGGGCCCCUGACCGAAGUUCAAAGCCACACCCACAGGAAACUCCCAUGGAAACAUCAGCAGCCCAGCCAACGAGAGGGGUUGCUGUUAUAACUGUGGCGAGUUCUCCUAGGACAGCACGCAGGGCUUCGUUACCCACAACAAAAUAUGGCAUCUCUCCUGGAGAUCUGUUCAUCGAGCAGCAAGCUCAAAAUAUUCUCAACAGACAGGGUUUGGCAGCUCUUUCUCAGAGUGAAUGGUCCCUCAGGAGAGACGUGGACAGUGAAACACACUCACAAAUCAACUGGCCAUCCAGAAUAAGAGUUAGAGAGAGACAGACAAGGGAGGACAUAUCAGGAAGAGGUUCUGAUUCAGGACCAGAUACGCCCUCUGUCAGACGUCAUCCAACAGUUGCCCCUCCAUAUUUGGCUCCACGACCUCAAUCUGCAAAUCAGCCAAGAACACGGAGCACCGAACCCCCAAUUCAACAACCAAGUCAAGGAAUGGAUGCCCGUCAACAAAGGGCGCAUAGUGCAGAGCGGCCACGAUUCCAGCGCACUCACAGUAUGGAUUCACCUGCCUUUCAACACACACCUUCAGGUGGUAUGACAAAUCAUUCUUCAAAAUAUGAACAAAUUCCUAGUGUACACCCUAGCACCAUGGGUCAUCAACCUGGGUUCGGACAAAUGAAGCAACCCUUACCAAAGCGAGGGAGUCAAGAUGCUCAACAACCAUCACAAAUGCACAGACCUUCCCAACAACCUCACCCAGCAUAUAAAGACCUCCAACAGCCAUUACCUGGUCAUAGAGAUGCCCCGCCACCUGUACAAAAAUAUCGAGCUAUCCUUCAACCGGUACCUUUAGAUCAGGAUACUCGCCAACCCAUUCAACCUCAAGUACCUACUCAGAAGCCUCUACAUGAACGUGAACAAAUCUUGCAUUCACGUUUGUCGCAUGGACAUUAUGGUCAUAAUCAACCAUUGCAGUAUGGUCCAGUCCAGACACUACCUCCAGCCUAUGGACAAACUGUCCACUCUGUUCCUUCUCAUGUAUCUAGCCAUCUACCCCCACCAAAUUCUCAUGUACCUCACCUUGCACCUGAACCCCCACUUUCUAGGUCUGAGACACUAGAUCCCAAGGGCCACAUGUCUUCAUCUAGUUUGACAUCUGCUGACAAAGAGGUUAAAGAAAAUAGACUUAGAACCAACGCUGAUCACAUUCAGCCAACUCAAAGAGAGGGUCGAUCAGCAACCAGAACUAAUCCGCCAUCAGAAGGGCUACUUAAAAGCAGAAAGGCGGUACUACCUUCAGAGAUACGACGCAGACAAAAAAGUGUGGAUGAUCCAAUGCGUGGUCAAAGUGAUGAAGGUUUGGAAAGUCGGAGAAUCAGAAGGAUUAGCCAUUCAGAUGAGACCGAGGAGAAAAGUGGAAGAAUGUUGCACCAGUUGGAAGGGAGGGAAGGGCCUGUUGGAACUGGAAUUACUCGGAUGGAGGAAGGUGGAAUGAUAUCAGGUGAAAUGGUAAUUGGUAUUCUAAAAGACAGAGGAUGUGAUGAUCGAAGAACAAGUCAGCCUGAGAAAAGAGAGAUAGAUAAUGGCACAACAAAGAUAUGGAUAGGUGAAGAAGUAGAACGCGGUGUAAGGAAGAUUGGUCAAAGAGAAAAAAUCAAGCAGGUCAGUGGUAUUAAAAGGGAUGAGGAGAGCUCUGAUUGGAAUACUAACCGGUUAGGAGAGAUAGAACAAGGAAGUGCGAAGAAGGUUAAUGAAUUCAAAGAAAGAGAAUGGGAAGUUGAUCGAAAAAAAGGCCAAGUUAUACAUACUGUGGAACCACAGGGUGUUAAAACGGUCAGACAGGAGGUACAGGAAAACCAGAAGUUCCUACAAAAGGAUGUGGAAGAAAAUCAUGGAAGAAGACGACAGAUCAAUCCAUUAGAGAAUGAGGAAGGGCAUGUUAGACGAAGAAGGAUAAGCCAAUCCGAAGAUGAUUGGGAGGGACGUAGGGUACGUAAAAUUGGUCAGCUGGAUGAACGAGAAAUGCAAGUAGUGCAGGAUCAGCUUGAGGCACUCGAGAAAGGAAAGCAGAGGUUGAAUAUACCUAAAGAAAUGGACACUGCUCCCACACAGGUACAGCCAAGCAAUGAACAGCCUUCUGCACAUCAUAGGUUGGGGCAAUCAGGAGGUUACUUACUGAAAGGUUCCUCCCUUCCACAAGCUCAGCAUCGAGUGAGUCAGGAUGCAGGUGACCUCAGGCCAAAGGUACGAAUUCGAUCCAUGUCAGAUAUUGGAGUAACUCAACGAUCUGCUGCAUUACGAAGUCUGGAGCGUGCUGCCAGUCGAGAGUCUGUCAUGUUGAUGAAUGCUGGAUCUCAUACUCGGGAUCUGGGUGGAGUGGCCAAUGGUGAAAUGGGCACAUUGGACACAAGAGUUUCUGUGGCAAAGCUGAGACAUUCCUACCUGGAGAAUGCUUCUGGACGCAGACCUGAGCUGGAGUCUAAAGGAGACCAGGUUCCAGUAGAGCCUGAUCCAGUUGUUAGCCCGGACCGGGACAGAGGAACACGUCGGCCCAGACGUUACAUUUCCCCUAGUGAUGACAGGAAAUCAUCUGAGAGGUUUAGAACCCAGCCAAUUACAUCAGCCGAAAGAAUGGAGUCUGAUAGGUCGCGUCUUAGUCCAGAGUUUCAACAUUCAAACUUGGAUGAGGAAAAAAUGGAUGAACGUGCCAAAAUGAGCGUGGCAGCCAAGAGGUCUCUUUUCAGGGAGCUGGAGAAGACUUCGGAUGGAACUGUACCCAAACCUCGGUCACGUAAUGCUGCCGUUGAGCGAAGACUCAGACGAGCACAGGACCGUUCACGGACACAACCAGUUACAACUGAAGAAGUUGUCAUCGCUGUUACUCUGCAGGCAUCAUCAGCGCAGGAAUCGGCCCAUCAAGAGCAGGAGAAAGAAGAUGUUUUGAAGGAGGUGGGUCCUGAAGAAAGGGAGGCGGGGCCUGAUGAGCCAGACCUAUCAGCACUGAGUCUGGCUGAGAAGAUGGCGUUAUUUAAUCGAUUGUCACAACCUACUGACCAAUCAGCAAACGGGCCUCUUCCUGACACACGCCAGCGCAGGGCCAACACCCGCUUUCAGACCCAGCCAAUCACUCAGGACGAGGUUGAUCAGGAACUUGCAAAAGACAUAGAUCCAUCCAGUCUCACAGGUCGACCCGCUGUGAUUAAUGAUUCUGUUGGUCCUCAAGGCGAGCAACUGCAAAAUGGGAGCAUGAAGCUGGAGCCUCUCUCCGCAUCACUGGUCCGCUCUGUUACUGCCGUCACCGCCCAGGCCUCUGUUGCCACGCUAGCAUCCGCUUCCCCAUCAAUGACCGCAGAUGUUCGCAUGGGGAUGCCCGUGGCUCCGCCCUCCACUCAAGCCUCACCCAAUCAGACGGCACCCGCUCCGCUUCCGGCCUAUGAGAGAGGAGUGCGCUACUUCAGUCUUACAGAGAGUGGGGAAAAUCCCACACCUGAUGUCCAGUCUCCGCCCCCAGCAGAGCCGUUCAGCCAAUCGCCACACAGCAAGGGCGGGGCUGCAUCAAUUCCAGCCAAUAAUGAAAGUGGGCAGAGGGGAAGAGCGGGGUAUUUAGGCAGAGAGGAGAGAGAGGCAGAUCUCCCCAGUGCGGCUUCCCCUCCGCACCCGUUCACACACACACCUCCUCAUGGCAGGGGGGAUGCAGAGCUGAGCGGCCCCAGACACUGGGAGAAAGACGGCACACAUAAAGAGGGCUACCUUUCACCAGACGCCCAAUAUACGGCAAGAGGAGCCAAUACAAGAGCCAUCGUCUCAGAUGUCCCAGAUCCCAGUGUCCCCGUGAGGGCUUUGAGCAGCACUGCAGCCUCCUCCAGAAGUUCAUCACAAACCACACACUCGCUCUCUCACCUCCAGUCAUACACUCCUCCACAACCCCAACCCAAACCAGCGCAGCACCCUCAAAUCUACACCCGGCCUCAAACGCAACCUUACAGCCCACCGACACCAUCACAAACACUCCACCCGGACGUCCAUCCAGCGUAUCACGAUCUUCAACGGCAAACCAGAGUCCCACCGCAGACUCAGCCGAAACCACAGCCUUUCCUUCCGCCUCAAUCACACGCAUACAUUUCUCCUCCGCCCAAAAUACCUCCUCAAACCCAGCCCAAACCCCAGUGCUUCAUCCCGCCUCAGCCUCAAGAGGAGAUCGUGGGGAAAUACGGCCCGUCGGGAGCCGCCGUCUCCAAAGAGCCAAAACCAGAGGUGCAGGAAGAUCCAGAGGCCAUGACAUCAAUGUCUAUCAAAGAAAGGUUAGCCAUGUUGAAGAAAAGCGGAGAGGAAGAUUGGAAAAACAGAAUCAAUAAGAAACAGGAAGUUAUACAGGAAGUAGCGUCUGCAAGCGAGAAGAGCGGCCCGAUAUGGGAGGAGCAGAAGAAGGAUGAGACGUUUACCCGUGAGUUCAAGUCAUCUGAGCAGCUCUGGGAGCCUGUCUUUUCUUCCACCUAUUCUCCUCCUCCUCUUCCAUCCACCCCAAAAUGCCAAUAUGUCGAGCAUCAAGGUCAGAAACUUGAAGAGGGUGAGGGUCAGAUGUCCAUUGAAGAGAGGAAGCAGAUGAUCUCCACCCGAGAGGAGGCGUGGCAGUGCACAGGAAAGGGCGUGGCCAAUGACUCCGCACAGUACACUGUGGCUGCCAGGAUGGUGAAAAAAGGUCUGGCUGCGUCCUCUGCAGUGAUCAGCCCAAUUCUUUCCCCGGUCUCUGCUAAACUAAAGAGCAGUUUGCCAGGCAUCUCUAAACCACAGGAAGAAAUCGAGGCCAGGGCAGAAAUGGAGUCUGAUAAAAAGCUGGAAAAGCUGGAGACCUUUUUAGGACGUUUGAACAGCAAAGUGUCAGGUUUGCAGGAGACUACUCUGACGGUCACUGAAAAAGCUGUAAAGGAAGUGAUGCGAUUGGACGAUGAGAUAUUUUCCAAGUUUUACCGCCACAUGACUGAUAUUCCCCGCACCAUGAGCAGCAGGAUGCAUCUGGACGAGGACUUCGACGCCAUCUUUGGGAAACAAACAACAAUGUUGACCUCAGCGAUGGUGCAGCACAAGCGAGCCGUUCGUCCUUCUCGAAAUGUCCAGGCCUCCAGGAACCCCUUAAAGAUUCUGGCUGCGAGAGAUGACAUUCGCCAGGAGUAUACAGAGCAGAGGCUGAACGUCGGCCAGCUGGAGAGCAAGAGAAUUAAACAGGAGAAAAUGAGCAAGAGCUCCAGUUUGUCAGAUGCAGCUCUGGCGGGUCUGGCCAGUAAAGAGAGUUACAGCAGUGUGAGUCUGCGCAGCGUCAGCAUCUCAGAGCAGAUGACCAAUAACAGCGCAGCACCAUACAAAAAACUCAUGCUCAUGCAGGUCAAAGGUCGACGGCAUGUCCAGACCAGACUAGUGGAGCCGCGAGUGUCCUCUCUGAACAGCGGGGACUGUUUUCUUCUGGUUACGCCUGAGCAUUGUUUCGUUUGGAUUGGGGAGUUUGCAAAUGUCAUUGAAAAAGCCAAGGCUUCAGAACUGGCCACUUUUAUCCAGCUGAACCAUGAUCUGGGUUGUCGAGCUGCGUUUGUGGAGACCAUUGAAGAAGGAGUAAACGCACAAAGUCCCGCAGCCACAGAGUUCUGGAAGAUCAUCGGAGGACCCGCCAGCUACCAACCGGCCGGGUCUUUAGAUGAGGAUGAGUUGUUUGAGAGUGCCAUUGUGGAGACCAACUGCAUCUUCCGUCUGGUGGACGAUAGACUGCUUCCUGAUGAUGACUUCUGGGGGAAAGUUCCCCGUAGUACACUUCUGGGCUCUAAAGAGGUUAUAGUGUUUGAUUUCGGGAGUGAAGUGUAUGUCUGGCAUGGUAAAGAGGUCACGCUGGCACAGAGGAAGGUGGCGUUUCAGCUGGCCAAGCAUCUGUGGAACGGCACCUUUGAUUACACCAACUGUGACAUCAACCCUCUGGAUCCGGGAGGACACAACACACUCAUACCACGGAAAGGUCAAGGUCGUCCAGAUUGGGCCAUAUUUGGCAGACUGACUGAACAUAAUGAAACGAGUCUUAAAGAGAAGUUCCUGGACUGGAGAGAUCCUUCUAGACUGUCACCUAAAAAUGUCAUCGAACACCCUUUCCAGCAGAAGGAGUGUCCGCCUGCAGACUGUGGCUCUGAGUGCCGGGCGUACAGCGCCUCUCUGAUGCUGCCCGUUCUGCAGUCGCCCAUCAGCACUAUUCUGGAUGGCCAGGAUGUGGGUCGAGGGCACGGGCCAGUAGAGAACAGCUCAGACGACUGCCUGCGCUCGCUGGAGAUCAGCACGGUCAGCGUGGACGUCUGGCACAUCCUGGAGUUUGACUACAGUCGUCUGCCCAAGCAGAGCAUCGGUCAGUUUCAUGAGGGAGACGCGUAUGUGCUCAAGUGGAAGUACAUGGUGAGCGCAGCAGUGGGCAGCAGGCAGAAGCCGGAUCAGCGCAGUGCAGGUCCCGGUAGAGAAAAGUGCUGCUAUUUCUUUUGGCAGGGCAGAAACUCGAGCGUCAGUGAGAAAGGCACGUCUGCACUCAUGACAGUUGAGCUGGAUGAAGAGAGAGGAGCACAGAUGCAGGUGCAGCAGGGGAAAGAGCCGCCCUGUUUCCUGCAGUGCUUUAAUGGAGGAAUGAUUGUGCAUUCUGGAAAGAGAGAAGAGGAGGAGGAGAACAUUCAGAAUGACUGGCGUCUGUACUGUGUGCGUGGAGAAGUGCCAGUGGAGGGCCACCUGCUGGAAGUGGCGUGUCACUGCAGCAGUCUGCGAUCCCGCACCUCCAUGCUCUUGCUCAACAUCAACAAAGCACUCAUCUACCUGUGGCACGGCUGCAAAACACAGACUCACUCACGGCAUGUGGCUCGAACGGCAGCGGACAAAAUCAAAGAACAACGACCGCUGGAGGCAGGACUUCACAGUAGCUGUAAUGUGACCAUUCACGAAUGUGAGGAAGGCGGUGAGCCAGUGGAAUUCUGGGAAGCAUUAGGCAGGAAGGAUCGAAAGGCCUACGACUGCAUGCUGCAAGACCCUGGCAAGUUUAACUUCACACCGCGUCUGUUCCAACUCACUAGUUCUUCGGGUGAGUUUGUAGCGCAGGAGUUUUUCAACCCAUCCAGAGCCGCAGAUCUCGUUUGUUCUCUGCCGUUCCUGCAGGAAGAUCUGUAUUCUGCCCCUCAACCAGCUCUGUUUCUGGUGGAUAACUAUCAUGAGGUUUACCUGUGGCAGGGCUGGUGGCCGCAGGACACAGAGAGCACCGGCUCUGCUCGUAUCCGCUGGGACUCAGACAGAAAGUGUGCAAUGGAGACUGUAUUGCAGUACUGCAGAGAGAAGAAUGAGAAGAAACCUCAGAAGUCAUAUUUGAUCCACGCUGGACUGGAGCCUCUGACCUUUACCAACAUGUUCCCCAGCUGGGAGCACAGAGAGGACAUUGCUGAAAUCACAGAGAGGGAGGCAGAGGUGUGUAAUCAGAUCAUUCUGGUGGAGGAUGUUUUGGCUCGUCUCUGUCAGAGCACAUAUCCUCUAGAAACACUGCAGACUCGUCCUCUUCCUCACGGUGUCGACCCUCUCAAACUGGAGGUGUACCUCACCGAUGAAGACUUUGAGAGAGUGUUAGACAUAAAGAGAGACGAGUUUGACGCUCUGCCCGGAUGGAAGCAAGUGAACCUAAAAAAAGCCAAAGGACUCUUUUAGAAACCUGACAUUCGUCAUCACGGCGACGAAUUAUCACUGUCCAUUUCCACCAUGGCCUCCAGUUCUGUGCUCGCCUCAACAUUACAUUGAGAUGACUGUGCACUGAGAACAGGGUAAACGGUCAGGUCAAAGGUCACUUUAGGAUCUACAGAUGCACAUGCUGUGGUGUCCGCUUUCGAUGUACUUAUUCAGUCUGUGAAAGUGAUGUCUGUGUGUGUUUAUGUGUGUGCGUCUCCUCACCAUAUUCAUGUACGACGGUUUCAAGUCUGUGAUCGGUGCGUAAAUCCCUGUAACUUCGAAAACCAACAUGAUCAGGUACAUGAAAUCAAGUGAUUCGCUCAGCUUCCCAUUCAGGCAGAUCUGCGAUGGGUUUCUGUUAUAAGUGUGUGUGUUUAUGUAUGGUAAGUCUGCUGAAUAAUUGGAAAUUGUAUAAACUUUGUAGCAAACGGCAGCAAAUCAUGUUGUUGUUGUAUACGUAUGUUAGAUUAUUCUUUUGUGAUUCAUCAUGAGGGGUUUACAUGCUGCGUCUGUGUGUUUUUCUGGUGUGAAUGGCUGUUGGUUGUGGUGCUGAUGGUCUCUUGUUCUUCGGAUGUGAGGGACGUCGUUUUUUUGUUUGUGUUUUGACGGCAUGAAAUGAUGGACGAGAGAAAGAAAUUAAUUUAAAUGUACAGUAUAGUGCCUUGCUUUCGUGUACAGUUUCUAUACCAAACACACACUAGUCUGCAUUUCAGAGACUUUCUUUGUGAUAAAAGACGUAGCAAAUAAAGAAAGCAAAUUGAAAACCUAA